AUGGCCAAAACAGAUCUAUCUAAUGCCCCGGCGGGUGAGGUUGAAUUUUGCACCUUGGGAAUGUUCAUCAUAGGACCCCGCCAACCAGAUACUUACGGUUUCAUUCCUACAUGGAUAGAUGAUAUUGAAUUCGGAGGAUCCAGACCCGAUGUCAAAAACGUACUUGGAGGAGCUGCUUCUUUUGCAGUUGUCGGCGCCCGCUUAGUCGCAGGAUCCAAGCAUGGACGAGGUGUGAGCUGGAUCGUGGAUGUGGGAUCCGACUUUCCACCAGAAACCCUUGCAGUGAUCAAAUCAUGGGGAACAGACUGUGUUAUCAGAGAAGAUAAUACCAGACUCACAACUAGAGCUUGGAAUGGAUACCACCCGAAUGAGAAGCGAGAUUUCAAGUAUCUCACUCCAAAGCUGAGGCUGGAGCCAUCCAUGCUUUCAGAUACACAGGUGUGGUCACGCACUUUUCACAUGGUCUGCUCCUCUGCCCGCUGCAUGUCUAUUGUACAUGACAUCCUCCAACGACGGGAGCAGCUGCGACAAGCAGGCAAAGCACCUUCUACGAAGCAUGCUUCUGAACGUCCCAUUUUUGUUUGGGAACCAGUACCUGAUCUCUGUACACCCGAAGAGCAGGAAACGUUCCUCGAGGCUAACCGAGUCGUUGACGUGGUGAGCCCUAACCAUCUAGAGCUGGGUAUGAUGUUCGAUCAACCUGGAUGGACCGAGGACAGUGAAGAAAGCCAAAAGUUAGUCCAGAAGAUUAUUGAUGCAGGAAUUGGCCCAAAUGGCGAUGGAUGCAUAGUCAUUAGAGCGGGUAAAGAAGGAAGCUACGCCUAUUCAAGGGCCCAGAAGCUCUGGCUCCCUGCCUACCACCAACCCAACUAUUCGGGUACUACAGUUGUGCUAGAUCCAACAGGUGCGGGUAACUCAUUUUUGGGUGCAUUGGCACAGGGAAUGGUGACUUCUGGCCGUGAACCUUUCGACAUCAUCGAGUCCACCUUGUCACGCUCGGAUAGCUGGAAACGAGCCCUGGAUUCCUGGGAUCAGCGUCGCAACGUGCUAGGAGCGCUCAUAUGCGCUACUGUCGCUGCCGGAUUUGUUGUGGAGCAGAUCGGGGUACCUCAAAUUUCCGUGGGCAAUGGAAAGGAGCUGUGGAAUCAAACUGAAUUCACGGAACGAGUCCGCCUAUACACGCAGCGAUUAUUCAAGACAUUGGAAGAGUCUCCCCAGAGACACCUGUUGACCAAUUGA